AUGGACCGCAGAGCCAGGUGCUUCUGUAAGAAAGGGGUUUAUGUGGAGAAGCCAACAGCACCCGCUGUGAUGAGAUGGGGCCUGAUUAGGGAGGCUCAUUGGAUGAAAAUAGCACGUGACCUCCCGAAGCCCCAUAGCUCAGGGCCUCAGGUUCCCUCCCAUCCCCAGGCCGAUACGGACUACAUUUUCAAUGCACAUCUCGUUCCCGUUCGUGUCAUGCUGGCCCCAAGCUUGAACGCGCUGAACAAGCCCAAGACUUUAGCCUCCUCCAUAACUGUCAAGAAGAACGGUCUCAAAAGAAGAAGAAGAACACGAACGGCAAUAAACGCGCCUCUCACGAGCCAGCUGAAGGAGAAGUCAGUGAAGGAGUGCCGGCCGAAGUCGAACGCAGGGAUGGACCUCUCCAAGCGGAUCACCUCCAAAACGUACGCAAUGGAGGCAGACUCGAAGGCCCAGCUCCAGGACCGAUAA